AUGGCCUCGUUCCAUUUCGUCUAGAAACCAGUCGAUUUCACAUCUGUUCGGCAUAGGGAGUAAACGUUCCUGCACCGUGCAGCACAUGGGGCUCACACGACACCAAAGUUGGCUUUUCGAGGCAGGAAGAGACUGACGUGAAAAUUGGCACCUCCUCGGAGCACUGGAACUUGAAUUCUGCUCCCGUAGCUCUCGAGAAUGCCCGAGCAGGUGCUGAAACGUGUCAGAGCGUGUGCUACGAAAAUGUAAUCACCUGGACAGACAAGUCCAAGACUAUCGGUGAUAUCGUCUCACGGAUACGACCCGGACCACGCGGUAUUGCCAUGGGCUUGAUUCCGGCUUCUGCUACGGGUAAGUUCCACACCAAGGUUUCCAUCCACUACAUCUCGCGGCCUCCAAGUCAGCUAAUCUAUUGUGCCCCAUAACAUAGGUCAUCAUAGAGGCAAACGAAGCGAUGGUACUAGUCGGCCUCGAAAAGAUUGGCUCUCUCACAGACCGCUGCACAAUCUAUCAGAAGCUUUAUCUCAACUCUGACCUCUUCAACCCGACUAUCUAAAUUAUAGCGAUUCCGGGGAAUCUCCUCUGCUACUCUUGAAGGCAGCCUGGUAAAGCUUUAUACUGUCAUACUCAGGUUUCUAGUCUAGGCUAAGAACAAUUUAUCACGGGCAACGGCAGAUGAAACACCUUAUCAACUGCAUACUUAUGAUCAGACUGAGGGGGCUAACCCAUUGGUUGGUUUUGUUUAUUUCUUACUGCACUUUUUUCAGGAGCCGCUUUCGACAACGACGAUCUCCGGACCCCUUGGGAUGAGAUUGAGUCCUUGGAAACUGACAUGUGUAGGAAGGCACAGGUCUUGGAAAUUUAAUGUGGGACAAACCUCCUCCAGGAAGGAUCUGUCCCGCCCACACUAGCCUGAGCAUCGCAGAUCAAAUUCUUUGAUGAUGAAGGACUUUGCGGGUUUGCUUGGCCAGGGCUGAUCUCCCACGAAUCACUCGACGCUAAAUUUCAUUGCAGUUCGCUUUCACAAAGUCCCCAGCUUCCUGCCAAUCUGACGGACACUAUUAUACUACCCGAUUCGAGGCAAUGAUAACCGGGACAUACUCAAAGCUAGAAAGUUUGCUUAACUCCCCCAUCUCCAAAUUCCACCACCUUUCCUAACUGUGCUGUAAAUUACUAUAAUAGAAACCGAAAAAACAGCCAUCUUACGGUAGGCAUCUGCAAUUCCAUAAGACCAGCACCACCAACGCAUCAGGGAGACUCGAUUGGUUGGCACCGGAGAAUGGUAACUCGAGAUGGAAGGGUAUAAAGGUUGGCGAUCACCAAGUGCUUCCAUGGUACUAUUAUUACGGGGAAUUCGUAGGCUGCCCGUUCUUGAGGCUCCUCCUUUGAAUCUCCUGUUUAGCAUAUUCUGUGGUUGUACAGCAGGCUCAAGAAAGACAGGACUGACGUGAGGAAGUCCAAUUAUAUCAUAACCUAGAUC